UUUUGAGGGGGAAAUAGAAAAAGUUCUGUAAAUUGUUUUAUUUAUUUAUUUAUUAAAAAGGUUCUAUCUUAUUAACAGAAAAACCUACAACCAAAUGUCGGGUGUCCAAGUUCAAAUCAUCAGCUGAACUAGAUAAAAUCCUGAAUCAAAAUUCUCGAAACGCCAACCCAGUUCGAUUUUCAGCUUUGUCUCUCACUUGGAAGACAAUAUAUCUACAAUAAUUGAUAAUUUUAGCUCAUGCACGCUAUUCGUUCGAUAAAAUGUUUGCAAGAAACUGAUGGGGUUGAGGGGAGUUUCUCUUGCAUACUUCUAUAUCACUAGUAUGGGUGGAUAUGUGUACCUUUCAAGCUGCCUGUUGAGUUAAUGAUGAGAAGGCAGGGUCAAUAUGCUGAUUCUGGUGUCAAUUCAUACGUUGCUUCUCAGAUGCAUCAUGCAUCUGGUCAGAUGAUGGAUAACAAUUCUGCUCAGUUUGAAGGACGGCUAGAAGCCUUCACUCCUGAAAGGGAUAACCCAUAUGUAGCACCGAAAACAGAGGGGCAGUGGCGUUGGGAAAGAGAUGGAUCAAGAAUGUCAAAUUCUAUGAACUCUCAGAUGUUCAACGAUGGUCAAGGCGGUGAUUCAGCUAGACCAUAUUUUCAGGGUCAGAGGACUGAUAUGAAGAUGGCCUCAGAGAAACAAAGCAACAGUGAUACAAGGUCUCAACCACACAACGAAGACAUGGAUGUGGGAUAUGAAGACCCUCCUUUGUCACAAACAUUCCAAGGUCUUGAGCAGAUAUUCCUUGAUGAUAUUAUGAAACUAGCCAAGGAACAAAACGAUGCUGAGGAUGCAGAAAACACUAGACACAGAGAGAAAAUAAAUGCAAUCAAUGGUCAGUAUGAAGAGCAAUUAGCAGCACUUCGAGCUAGGCAUGCCAACCGUAGAGAUGAGUUCCUUCGGAGGGAAUCAUGCAUGCGACAACAGCAAUACCAGCAAGCUGUGGUAGAUUGUUACCCAAACAGCAGCAUUGGACCCAAUGAUCCUCGGGCUUACAAUGAAUUCCCAGCCUCAGCUGCUGCUGCUGCAGAUGGACACAGAGGAUUUGAUAAUGAGCGAUAUGAUUCCUAUAGAGAGAGGGCUCGAUUUCUUGGAGGCAGCAGCAGAGACCACGGCUUUGAGCCGAGAGGUCCUUAUCCUGGUGGCCGUGUUUAUGAUACUGGCUCGCGCUAUUACUGAGUGUGAGUUUUCAUCUGCCAGGAUCUUCAUACAUACAUAUAAGGCUGUAUUUGUUAGUGAACUAUCAUCUUUUCGAACAAUCUAGUGUUAAUUAUUAAUGUUUUGUCUAACAGUUCCCUAGCAUUUUUUGGUAACUGAAAGGGACAAGUACGGCUGUCAAGAUGCCUUGCAUUUUGUUAAUCUGUGGUUAUCAUCCAUGCGUAAAGGCCAUGCCAAGAGAAUCGUUUGUGCUAAUGCUAUAGUCUACCAUGUAGCACAAAAAUCCUUCACGAAUACACAAUUACUAUUGUACCAAA